AUGGCCGCCAAUCCUGUGUCUCAAACGCAGGAAGUGCCAAAUAUGGUGCCUGAAUAUGAAGUUAGGCUCCAGCUUAACCCAGCUGCUGUCCUUGGCCCCGACCACAAACUAACAAGCACUGUCCUAUCAACCUUUGGUAUACCGCAGACCAACCCGACCAACCCGAUUAAGUUAAAUGUCCAGUUCCUAGAUACGAGCUGCAAGGAGCUCUAUACCGCAGGCUGGAGCGCCCGCAUCCGCAAGACUGAGAAUGAGGACGACUUUGAACUGACUUAUAAGAAGCGGUAUCCCAUCAGAGACGGCGACAUUGACGCUGCCCUUGCUGCAGCGAAUAAUGAUGGUUUCAACGCUGCCAGUACGAAAUAUGAGGCGCAAGUUGAAUGGGGUUACCAAAAUCAAACACUCUCCAUCAGCCGCAAGAAAUCCAUAGCGGAUUCAGAGAAUAGCAGGAUGAAUCUGCCAGGGACGAGCAGAUCUAUUGAAAUGCUGUCCAACGAAGCACCAGACAAGUUCAACAACUGGAGGCCCAACAGUUGGGGCACCAGCACGUUGGCGAUAUCGCGCAUUUUUGGCCCGGUUUGUGCCAGCCGCUGUGUUGGUACGUGGAACCAGAUGAGGCUGUACCUCGAGGUUUGGCCCCUCAAGCUCAAAGGGGGUACGGGAAUUGAGCACAUUGUCGAGGCAUCUUUUAAGACAAAGAGUCGCCAGACAGCCGCAGAUGAGAAGAACCAUUUAGCCCACCGCUUGGACGAGAUGCAUUGGUUUCUGGCGCAAGACUCGCUAAAGACGCAGCUCAUUAUGGAGAGGUAUUGA